AUGUACUUCUUCCUGUCUCAUUUGUCCUUUGUUGAUAUCUUUUAUUCCUCAGCCAUUGUCCCUAAGAUGUUGGUGAAUUUCCUAGCAAAGCACAAAACCAUUUCUGUCAAUGGCUGCCUUGCCCAGAUGUUCUUCAUCCUGCUCUCAGCUGGUACUGAAGUUUUUGUGCUCUCAGCAAUGGCUUAUGACAGAUACGCUGCCAUAUGUCACCCAUUGCAUUAUGUGGAGACCAUGAACAAACGAGUGAGCAGACAUUUGGUGGGUGGUUCCUGGACAAUGGGGUUCUUGUAUUCACUGGUCAGCACUGUCCCUGUGUUAAAGUUACACUUCUGUGGGCCCAAUGAAAUCAGGCAUUUCAGCUGUGAGCUCCCUCUGCUAUUACAACUGUCUUGUACUGGGACCUUCACCAAUAAAAUAGCUCUUCUUUCUUCUGCUGUGAUAUUUGGUUUCAGCUCCUUCCUCUUCACCCUGGUCUCCUACAUUCACAUCAUCUCCACUAUACUCCCAAUACGCUCCACGGAGGGAAGACGUAAAGCCUUCUCUACAUGCAGCUCCCACCUCAUUGUGGUGGUUUUAUUGUUUGUGACAGCUCUUUCCCAGUACAUGAAACCCAGCUUGGUUGCUUCCCUGUUUCUAGAUGAACUCUUUUCCAUCCAGUACAGCAUCUAG